AUGCUUGUCAUUCGUCAUCUCAUCACCAUUACCACCACACCCAACCAAGCGAGGGAAGUACCAAGCAUGCGGGUGUCUGGAGGGCUGCUGGCGACAUUGGUGACCGUCACGAGUGCCUCGUCGAGGCUGGACGUGAUCGAUUUGCCAACGGGAUUCUCUCCGGAAGGCAUCACCAGCGGCGGAGGAUGGACUGCCUUCGUGGGCUCCUUGGUUGAUGGAAACAUCUGGAAGGGCGACCUCAAGACCGGCGAGGGCGAAGUGAUGGAGCUUGAUGCCCCGGGCCCCGCCGCAGGCCUGAGUCACGACCGCCGAUCCGGCUACCUCUUCGUCGCUGGGGCAUUCAGCGGCACGGGACGCGUGUACGAUGAGGACUUCGCUUUGGUUGCCGAUCUGGACUUUGGUGACGUGGGCACGUCGAUCAUAAAUGACGUUGUCGUCACGAAGGGCGCCGCGUUCUACACGGACUCGUUCCAACCGCACAUCUACAAGGUGAACCUCGACAGGGAGACCGGCGCGUUGGUGGAUGGGUCAUCCUUUGAGACUCUCGUUCUUGGCGACAACUUUCCCUUCGUGGAAGAAGCGAUCAAUCUAAACGGCAUCGAGGUCACAGACGACGGCAGUGCUCUGAUCGUUGUCAACAGUGAAUCCCAGCAGGUUUACGCCGUUGACCCGGACACCGGCGACGCAACUGUGAUCGACCUCGGCGGCGACGUCCUUGGGCCGCGCGGCGAUGGGUUGGUGCUGCGCAAGAACACACUCUGGGUCUCCGACAACGUUCUCGAGCAGAUAUAUGAGGUGUCCCUUUCGGCUGACCUGUCUUGCGGAUCGGUGGCGACCCGCACGCUAUCGAACCCCCUCUUCGACCGUCAGACCACGGCCAUGCGCAAGGGAAACUCUCUGUAUGCCGUGAACGCCAAGCUCGACGUGGCCGAAGAGGACAUAGCCACCACGGCGUACGAGAUUGUCCGUGUCGACCGAGACGGCGGAGAGCUGGCGUGCGACGAAUGA